GGAGGAUCCUUCGCCGAGGAACGGAAUCUCGACUUCCGGUGUAGGAGUCGAGGAGGAUUACACGAUUACUUUCGGUGAGGCCUGUACACCCAGAGCGCCUGGGAACGGGCCCUGGGUCAUGGUUCUCUGUUAACCAACUGCCAAUUCUGAGUCUUCGCACAGCCCGCGGGCUCGUCGGUCGCCUUAAUCGACUCCUUUAUCGUCUCCGAGGAGCGUCGUUCGUCACCCGGGCCGGACGCCCCUACCUGGCUGCGUGACCGUGCGUGUACUCGCCCCACUCAGCCUCCGUUCCAAGAUGUCAACGGCCGGGUUCAACUCUCAGAACGGGGCGGGAGGACAGCCCUUCGCCAACGGUCCCUCACAGAAUGCUGCAAUGAUGUACCCUCCAGGCCCCAGCCACAGCAUGAUGGCCCAACCUCCCUAUUCAAACCCUAUGCCUGGCAAGCCCCCACUCCCAGCUGGGCCUGGGUUGUACAAUCCUGGCUCUUAUCAGAUGGCCCCUCCAAUCAGCUCAUACCAAGGUCCUGGACACACAGUGUUGACUAGGCCACCGAUGGGACCCCCACAACUCGCUUCUUCUGGCCCUCCAUCACAGAACUCCACCCCUCCACCGAUGUCCACAGGUAGCUUUCACACAGGGGCACAGCACCCUAUGCAGCCAGCUUGGCUGUGCAACGCACCUCCCGCUGUGAGCACCCCGCCAGGGUCUGCUCCGCUGGGAAACCAUGUGGCCCCACCUCCCAGCUCUGUACCAAACCAGCACCCUGUGCCGGGAUAUCCCGUCAGGCCACCUCCAGUUCUCCAUAGUGCCUCUACACAGCCGCCUGGACCUCUAGUGCCCCCUGUAUCUAGCAGUAGCUAUAGCUCCUCAGGCUCUGCCCCUCUGCCUAUGAACCCGGUAUCGUCUCAUCACUACCCCCCUGGGAGAUCAGGUUACAAUCCCGCGCCUCCAGUGGCAGCUGGACCACUGACAAGCAUGAGGCCCACACCACCCCCCACGGGUCCUGGGGGAGACGCCCCCCCUCUUGUUGCCCCUAUGCACCAGCAGGAAGCCUCUCAGUUUGGAAAAAUUGUUAAUAACACUGCUCCUGGUGAUUACCCCUUGCCAUCCCACUCUGAUGACAAGGGCAAGGAGUUUGAGACUGAGCACCCAGGAACAGGACACGGUCCUUCGGCUGGUGAUGGCCCGCAUGUCUCAAACAGCUUUGAUCACUUGGAGGCAGGUGCUAAGACUGCAGCCGGUCCCACCCCUCCUCAGCCUGGGAUGAUUGGCAGGCCGAUGGGGCAUUCGUAUCCGUCGCUUCCGCCCGGCUACCAGAAAAUGGGGAUUCCCCCCAGUGCAUCCCCUCUACAGUCCCCCAAACCACCUUACAAUGCAGCCCAUCAACCGUACCAGCAGCCCUUGGCUGGCCCUGUUCAGCUGACGCCCUCUAUGGCUGGAUUGAGCCUGCAGUCCCAAACUCCCGAGGCCCUAAGGGUUGUGAACCUCCUGCAGGAACGGAACAUCCUCCCCCAUGGUGCUGUGCCCCCCCCAACGCCCUGCCUUCCCCAGGACUUGCAGAAGUUCAACUGCAGUCCAGAGGUUUUCCGCUGCACGCUGACCAGCAUCCCACAGACACAGUCCCUGCUGAACAAAGCAAAACUGCCUCUGGGGUUGCUUCUGCACCCUUUCAAAGACCUCUCACAACUACCAGUGGUCACCUCCAGCACUAUCGUCAGGUGUCGCACUUGCCGGACCUACAUCAACCCCUUUGUCACUUUCCUGGACCAGAAGCGCUGGAAGUGCAAUCUGUGCUACAGGGUCAAUGAUGUUCCUGAGGAGUUCAUGUACAACCCAGUGACCAGGUCCUACGGAGAGCCACAUAAAAGACCUGAGGUUCAAAGCCCUACCAUCGAGUUCAUCGCACCAUCUGAAUAUAUGCUGAGGCCCCCGCAGCCUGCGGUAUACCUCUUUGUGCUCGACGUAUCCCACAAUGCAGUGGAAACGGGAUACUUGGAUGUUGUCUGCCAGUCUCUGCUGGACAAUCUCAAUUCGCUUCCUGGAGAUGCCAGAACGAAGAUUGGCUUCAUCACUUUUGACAGCACAAUCCACUUCUAUAACCUCCAAGAAGGGCUGUCCCAGCCACAGAUGCUUGUUGUUUCUGACAUUGAAGAUAUUUUUAUACCGACACCAGACAGCCUUUUAGUGAACCUCAGUGAGUGCAAGGAGCUUGUUCAGGAUCUGCUGAAGGCCUUGCCCCAGAUGUUCAACAAAACCAUGGAGACACAUUCUGCACUGGGCCCUGCCCUGCAGGCUGCCUACAAGCUGCUCUCCCCCACUGGUGGCCGGGCAUCAGUCUUCCAGACUCAGCUGCCCACGCUUGGUGCUGGAGCGCUCAAGUCCAGGGAAGAUCCCAAUCAGCGAGCAUCAGCCAAGGACAUUCAACAUCUGACUCCUGCCACUGAUUUCUACAAGAAACUUGCACUCGACUGUUCAGGGCAGCAGGUGGCCGUGGACCUUUUCCUGCUCAGCGGGCAGUACUGUGACCUUGCCUCCCUCGGGUGCAUAUCCAGGUUCUCCGCUGGCAGCGUUUACUACUACCCCUCGUACCAUCACCAGCACAAUCCCAGCCAGGUGGAGCGCUUCCAGAAGGACCUGAAGCGAUACCUCACCCGCAAGAUUGGCUUUGAAGCCGUCAUGAGGAUACGCUGCACCAAAGGUCUGUCCAUACACACGUUCCAUGGAAACUUCUUUGUGCGCUCCACGGACCUGCUGUCCCUGCCCAAUGUGAACCCAGAUGCUGGCUUUGCUGUGCAGAUGUCCAUCGAGGAGAACCUGUUGGACAUGCAGAUGGUCUCCUUCCAGGCGGCCCUGCUCUACACAUCCAGCAAAGGAGAGAGGCGGAUUCGAGUACACACAAUGUGUCUACCCGUUGUCAACUCUCUAUCCGACAUCUUUGCCGGAGCCGACGUCCAGGCCAUCACAGGACUGCUGGCUAGCAUGGCUGUAGACCGCUCGGUGACAGCCAGCCUGUGCGACGCCAGGGACGCCCUAACCAAUGCUGUCAUCGACUCGCUGGCCACUUACCGCUCAUCUGUGCUCACCAUCCAGCAGGCUGGGCUCCUGGCCCCCAGCUGCCUUCGCCUCUUCCCCCUCUACAUCCUGGCCCUUCUUAAACAGAAAGCCUUCAGGACGGGCACCAGCACACGCCUGGACGACCGCGUGUUUGCCAUGUACCAGCUCAAGUACCAGCCGUUGUCCUACCUCAUGCCCAUGAUUCACCCUGUGCUGUACAGGGUUGAUGACCUGACCGAUGAGGGAGCCUUGAACAUUAAUGAUCGCACCAUCCCACAGCCUAGAGUGCUGCAGCUAUCGGUGGAGAAGCUGAGCCGUGAGGGAGCCUUCCUCAUGGAUGCUGGCCUGGUGAUUUUCCUCUGGAUUGGGAGGAACUGCAGUUCCAGCUUUCUCUCCCAGGUCUUGGGAGUCCCAAACUAUAGUGCUGUACCUCAGAACAUGACCCGGCUUCCUGAAUUGGACACUGCCGAGUCUGUGCGAUUCAGGGCCUUUAUCGGCUGGCUCAGGGAGCAGCGGCCCUUUUACCCUGUCCUACAUGUUAUCAGGGAGGAAAGCCAGCUGAAACCCAGCUUUAUGCAAAACAUGAUCGAGGACCGCACGGAGUCAGCGCUGUCUUACUAUGAGUUCCUACUCCACCUGCAGCAGCAGAUCAGCAAGUAGGCCUGGCAGAGGAUGCGCAGGAGAGGAAUCAGUGUUGAUGGAAGACAGAGACUAUGGUGAUAGUAUCUCUAGGAGAUGUGCUUCAGAGCACCAUCAGUAAGCAGCUCGCCCUGCAAGUACCUCUCACUUUUCCUGAAGCGCAGCCCAUUCUGUGGACUUCAUUUAAUCCAAAUUCAGCUUUUCCCUCCUCUUCCUUAAAAACUGAGCAGAGGUGAACGGGGACAGUAUGUAAGGUCUCUUGGAAAAAAUGGCAAAAAAUAGUGAUUAGGAUCUUAGAACUUAAGAGUGAAAAAGUUGACUGUUCCUCUGCUGCAAAAUACAGCUGAUUAACACGCCUGCAAAAGAGAUGGAAAUUCAUUUUGUUAAAAAAAGCACAUUUAUGUUUGAUAAUAAAGUAAUAUAUGUAUAAUUUAUCCUUUCUGAGGUAAUGUCUGUAUGGAUUAUUGGACAGUCUCAUUGCAAAUAGAAGCAAAGUGAGACUUCUAGAAGUUACUUGGUCCUUGGUAACAAUGGAAAAAGGCUCAGCAUUACUUCUUAAUUCUAGAUUAUGGAGUACAGCCUCAUUUUUAAGUCACAUCGAACAAAUAUAUUUAGGCUUGUUUCAGUAAAGGCAGACAAGAAUUCAAAAGUAAUUUUACUUCUUUGCUGCCUUUGCUGCAUAAACUAGCAUAUUUUAUCAUUUCAAAGUUUUGUGCUGUUUGAAUUGCAUAUUCCUCUGCAUUUGGGAAUUUAGAGCAUCUCUGAAGACGUCUGAUUUUGUUUACUUUUAAUUUAUGCGCGUCCCUGUUUUGGAUUUAGUUAUAUAAUGACCAUUUACAGAAACUUUGUUUUUACAAUAAAUCUUUCUGUUUAAAUAGACACUAUAUAUGAAAUAUUUUAAUAGGAUAUGGGUAAAUUCUUUAACACUCAAUUAAGCCAUUGUGAUCUUAUUCCUGCUUUUCUGGAAAUUGUAUAUUGGAAAAAUCUAUAUUAUAACAGAUUUGAUUGUAAGUGCAACUGUAUUGCUGUGACAUGAUGCUGAAAUGGAACUGGGCGGGGCUUCUCCAAACUUUGUUUUGCAUUAUGUGUGAGAAUUUUCAAAGGAUUCAACUUUAACAAUUGUUAGCAGAGGUAUAAUGUCUCAUGGACAACAUGUCUGCUUGUCUUUCACGGUCCAUUUAGAGGGAGAAAAAUUAAAACAGCUGUAACAGUUUCUGUGGCCACAUUUUAAAAUGUUGCCUUUGAACCCAACAAAGUUUCUCUGUGUUUUUAGAAGGGGAAAAGUCAGUUUGGGUUGACUACUUACAGAUUGCUGUCAAUUGAGUGCACUGCCUUUCUCCAAAUCAGCAUUUGAAGGAGUGAACGAUAAAUGUACCAAUGUUUGGGGCAAAGAAAAUAUUUGGAGAUCCCCUUUUGAGUCAGAGGACAAGUUUUUUUAAAGAAUUUGUUAAACUGUAGUGGUUUUAAUGGAAAUAACCGAAAAUAAACAAUUUAGUCUUAUUCUGGAUUCCAUCUGAGUAAUCCCAUCGUUAUUAAAAUGCGCAGGUAACAACCGGGACCAUUGUGUCACAUUUAACGUAUGGCAUCUUUGGAAAACUUACGGUGAUUCUGUGCUCAUCAAUGCCUUGAUUCAAUCUUUUGCAGUAACCACUUAAUUCAUCUGUAUGUAACAAUUGUAUAAAUCUUGUACAGUUGUACAAUUGUACAGUUGUAUAAUUGUUACUUAAUUGUUUUAUCCUUGUCAGCAUUGAGACCUCAGACCUCACUGCUGUUUGAAUCAAGGUUAGACAUCAGUGAAGAUUUAUAUUGACUUUACGUUGUUACCAUGGUUUACCCAGAUUCUCACACGAAGAACAAGUUAUAAGAUAUUAAGCUUUGGACUUCAGUUAUGAUUUGUACAUUGUAAACAAGACAAAAAUCAUUUUGUAAAGUAGUGUAUAGUAUAAAAAUUAAAUACUAGCUCUCCAUAAAAUGAACUGUGUGUUUGUACCAAACUGAUUGUACAGUGAACUGUCUGGAGGUUAUAACUGAUGGAAAUAGAAAAGAAAGUAACACAAUUAAAUUCUAUUUCAC